AUGCUUUGGGGGGUGCGCGGACUCCGGCGGGAGACGGGGCUACGGGGCAUGGAGCGCGGAAUCAGGACGAUGCAGCUGACGGAGGGUGGGAGCCGCCCGCACAAGGCGGGGGGGGGGGGGGGAAUCCCCAGGGAGGACUUACGUCAGACGUGGGAGCUCGCGCUGAGGCGGCCCGACAGGCAGGAGCAGUGGGACGGGAUGAGGGGGAAACACACGAUGAGGAGGGGGCGGAGGUUAGGCUUCCCAGCGAGGAAGAUGGGUCGGAGUCAGGGGGUCCGACCCCACCCGCGGGAGCAGUGGGAAACGAUGAUGAGGAAACACCCGAGGAAGAAGGGGGAGAUGUUGGGAAUCCCGGCGAGGAGGGUGGAUCGGAGUCACAGCGUCGCUUGGAUAACUACGACGACGUUUGGGAGGAAGGCUCGCAGGACAGCGAAGGAGACGACGAUUCGCUUGACGGUAUGGAUGAUAUCGGGAUCGACCUCGACGGAGACUUGCUGGUGGACGACGAGCCUUAGUUAUGUGAAUGGUGGAACCCAUUGCGUGACCCACGAAGAUCUACCGUAACGGAGUGCAGCUGCAUUCGGCUGUUGUGUUCUCCUCGUAGAAAUGAGAAUUGCCACAAGUGGUUUUCGGCCAUGUGGGUUUGCUACGCAGCACAAUUGCGUGUGUGUGGUACAGUCGAAGUCUACACUUCGGUGUCUGCGUCUUUUUUUUUUUGUGUGUGGUGCCAGGUUCAAAACAGUCCAGUUUUUUUUUUGGGCACACAUGGGUUUGUGUAGUCGAAGUCAACACUUUGGUGUGUGUGUCUUUUUUUUUGUUGUGUGUGGUGCCAGGUUCAACACAGUGCACGUCUUUUUUGUUGGGCGCACAUGUAUGCGUGCGUGUGUCGUACACUCGAGGUCAACACUUUGGUGCAUCCUGAGUCAUUUUUUUUGUUAGGAGUGGUGCCAGGUUCAAGACAUGUGCACGCGGAUUUUUUUGGGCGCACUUCUAUGCGUGCGUGUGUUCAACACACAGUGCACGUAUUUUUUUUUUCUUGGCGCACAUGUAUGCGUG